AUGAAGUACACUUUCACCAUUGCUGCCCUUGCAGCCUUCACUGCCGCCCAGAGCAUCGCCGACCUUCCGUCGUGCUCUUUGUCUUGCGUCGUCACUGGUGUCUCUGGCAUUGGAUGUUCGGCCACUGACUUUGAGUGCUCCUGCACCAAGGCGGAUCAGCUGACUCCUGCCAUCACUCCUUGUGUGCAGUCAGCAUGCCCCAGCACUGCCGACCAGCAGAAGGUUAUCACUGUUCUUGAGGGUAUCUGCGCCGCCGCCGGGAUUCCUAUCGACGUUCCCGCGCCGGGUGCAUCGAGCUCUGCUGCCGCUGCUCCCACCUCUGCGGCUCCUGAGCCUUCAGAAACCGAGGCCAGUAGCAGCGUUGCCCCUACUAUUCAAACCUCUGUCCCGGCUACGCCUUCUCUCACCGACAUCGUCAUCUCGAGCACCGGCUACGCCUUCCCUUCCGCCACUGCUGAGGAGUCCUGCGUUGUCGUUACCAUCACCGUCACCAAGACUUCCAGCUCUGCCGUUGCUCCCUACCCAACUGGCCCUGUUGGGACUGGUGUGCCGCCAGUUGUUCCUUCGGGCACAGGCUCGUACUCCCUCCCUCCACCAUAUUUCACUGGUGCUGCUUCUGGCAUGAAGGUGCCUGCCGUCGCUGGUCUCUUGGGCUUGGCUGCCUUCGUCUUGUAG